AUGGCUCCAGCACCAGACCCGAGGGACCCUGUCGGUACCGCCAGUUCAACUCUCCUGCCCUCACCCCUCACCCCCCUCCCUCCGCGCCUCGCGCCCCCCGAGGGGCGGAGACCCCGCCCCGCCGCGAGCGCGGAGAGGAGGAGGGGCGGGGCCGCGGGCUCAGCUGACGCGGGGGCGCGCGGCGGCGGGGGCGCGCGGACAGGGAAGGAUUUUCCAUGGAGAUUCAGUGUUCUCUCCGCGUUGCACAUGCAGGAGGCCGGCCCACAGGUUCCCUUUGCCAAGCAGGGCAGAAGUCACUUGCACCAAAGUUUGGAGCUCAGCAAUACUGAAAAUCUGGAGAUAUUUCUUGAAUUUAAGGAGGAGGGCUGCGUAGUGACAGAAUUGCGAGCCGGGGCUGGAGCAGCGAUAAAUCAGCUCCUCGCCGGCGUGGGUUGCCGGGACUCGCCCAGCGCCGGACGGAGACUGCGGCAAAAGAGAGGGGGAAAGGGGAAAAAAAAAAGCCGCCGCCGCUCUGCCCGCCUCGCCCCCGGCCCCGCCGCGCCCCGCGACGCCCCUCGCUCCCAUCGGGCACCUCCACCGGCCGCCGUCAUCGCCAACCCUCCCCCACCCCGCCCCCCGUCUUCUACCGAGACGCUCCGGUUGUGGGGGUGA